AUGGCGUCCAUCCAGCCACAAGUCCCGUUCAGCGAGAAGGGUACCGAGGACCGCCUCGGACCCUCAGGCUACUCCGCACCAGAGACCCCGGGCUCUGAAGAUGACCAAAAGAAGUUGCAGCUAGGCGAGGAGGGUCUUGAGGGAGAAGACGAGACGCCGGCAAUCGUCAUCCCCCUCAAGUACCGGAUCACCGCCAUUGUCCUCAUCAUCCUCUUCGGUACCGGCAACACGUAUGCUGGCUUUGUCCUCGGCCCACUCAAGACUCGCCUCGUCCGCGAGCUCAAGAUCACCAAUGCCCAGUUCUCCGUCGUCUCGUCCGCCUCGUCCCUUAUUAACACGCUGCUUCCUAUCAUCGGUGGCUCCAUCAUCGACCGCUACGGUGGCUCUCGCAUUGCCCUCGGCUCUGCCGUCCUCUGCGUGGCUGGUACCGUGCUCAGUGCUUGCUCAUCGAUCGACAACAGGUACACCUUGCUCGUUGGAGGCGAGAUCAUCCUCGGUUUCGGCUCGGCAAUCCAGGACAUCUGCCAGUACAAACUGUACCCCCACUGGUUUGCCGGCUCGCACAUGGGCCUGAUCUUCGGGGUCAACGUCGCUUGGUCCCGCAUUAUCCAGCUCGUUGCCCGCCUCACCGCCGUGCCAAUGGCUGAUAUCGGCCCUGGCCGCUACUGGGGCUGGGCGCUGUGGAUCCCGUGCAUCACGACCUUUGUGUCGGGCUUCUGCGUGUACGCCUACUACUUCUUUGAGAACCGCAUUCUCCCGGCCCAGUACCGCCCACCCAGGCCGGAAGUGCGUAACGACCAGACACUUCUGAACGACUGGAAGGACACGGUCAAGAGUAUCGUCCUCCUCCCCAAGUUUUACUGGAUCAUGAACGUCACGCAGAUGCUGCAGGGCGGUGCGACGCGCGUGUGGCUCCGUAACGUUGCCGACAUCCAGGUCAAAAGCCGUGGCACGUCCGAGCAAGCGGCCGGCUACAACGCCGCCCUCCAAACUGUGAUUCCCAUCAUCCUCACGCCAAUUACCGGCCUGUUCUUCGACAAGAUCGGCUGGCGUAUGGUAUUCGUCACCACGACCUCUCUCAUCUGGCUCCUCGUUUGGGGUCUCGCCGGCUUCACCAAGAUCAACUUCCUCGCACCGGUGCUCAUCUCGUCGUUCGCCUACGUCACCAACCUCAUCCCGUUCAUGGCGACCGUGCCCAUUCUUCUCCCCUCCAACGAGCUCAUGGGCACGGCGUUUGGUGUCUGGCAGUCCUUCCAAAACGCCGGCACGCUCAUCAUGGACGUCGCCGCGGGUGCGAUCCAGGACAAAACACCUGGCUACCAGUACGACCGGGUGUUUAUUGUGAUCAUGGUGUUCAAGGCAUACGACGCAUUCCUCGGACCCUUCUACGACUGGCUCGACGGCAAGUGGCUCGGCCACCAGCUCCGCAUGCCCGAGCGCAAGCGCCGUAACAAGCUUGUCCAGCUCGAGAUCCGCGGCAAGACAUACAAGGGUCACGAGCGCAGCAAGUUCUGGACUUGGACCGGGUGCUCCAUCCUCUCGGCCAUGGUUGUGACGGGAUGGGCGCUGUACAUUAUCUACUCGAUGCCGCGGUAG